AUGGAACCGCCAACCGCUAGAAAGAUGUUACGACAAAGCAAAGUGCUGCCGGAUCUCAUAGGAAAGACAAAUGUGAACCUGGAAAAUACUUUACAAAAUGUAGUUGAAAAGCUACCAAAUCAUACCGCUGCCUUAAAGGUUGUCACAGAACUCGUGCGCAACAGGCAUGUUCGUCCGGAGGUUCGCCAUUACCGCGCAAUGAUACUGGCAAACUCUCAGUGCAUUCGAGGGUCUGCUAAGCAGGUACGGGGGCUUCUGGAUGAUAUGGAGAAGAAUGGGAUAGUGGCAGACUCGGGGACUCUCCAUGCGGCGUUAAAAGCACUGGCGAUUCACCCCGAUUACCUCCUUCGUUCUGAAGUUGUUCAUAAGCUCCGAGAUAGAUGGCUACCCCUUAGCCCGCCAGGCUGGCAUAACAUUGUUGCGGGACUCAUCCGUGAAGGACAAUUUGAAAUGGCGCUUGAGACCUUGGAGCAUAUGAAGCUGCAGCAUGUGCCGGUACAGAACUGGCUUUACUCGCUCCUCAUUUACAAUCUUACGGAUUAUGGAGAAUUCGAUGAAGUUUUGCAAUUGAUGCGAUCAAAAGUUGAGGCUGGUCAGAAUCUUUCACCAAACAUAUGGCACCACGUACUGGAUGCCGCUAGUGCUGCUAUGCACGCCGAGUUGACUCAGUUCAUCUGGGAACAGUAUGUUGAGCUAGGAUAUAUGAAUCCGCCGUACGGUGUCUGCAACAAUGUUCUUGCUAUCAGCGCGCGAACGGGUAACGCCCAGCUGGCGACAUCAGUGUUCGAAUUGCUCGGAGACCGUGGUGCCGCGUUUACAUUAAAUGACUAUGAGUCUCUCGUUGAUACUUAUGUGGAGGCACACGACCUUGACUCGGCCAUUCGCAUACUUUGCACGAUGGGCAACAGCAGCGUUGGUGUCCGGGACGGCUCGACUCGAACACUUCUCUCCCAUUUAAUCACGGCAGAAGUAGAGCCAGCAGCUGUCUGGGAAACUUUUAAGCGGCUCAAGAAAGACGAGAAUCUACAAAUCCCUCUAGCAGUUGUCAACGUCGCACUCGAACUAUGUGCCCAUCUACGCCAGGCAGAUGCAGCAUGGGAAUUUUAUCGAGAGCUUCACACCAUCUGUCCAUCUGGCGCGGAAACAUUGACGUUUAAUAUCUUAUUCAUGGUCUGCCGAAAGACAGAGCACGGAGAAUUGGCCGGCUUCUUCGUCCAGGAGAUGAUCCAGAUGAAAAUCCUUCCGGACCGCAAGACAUAUGAGAGCCUAGUUCUACUUUGCAUUGACUUCUCUCGAUUCGGAGCUGCCCAUAAAUAUUUCCUUGAGAUGACAGGCUCCGGGUUUGCCCUGUCAAUGGAAGCGAAGAAAUAUAUCCGCAGUAAAUGUUAUGGGCUAGAGGAUGAGUAUGCUCUCAAGCUUCUGUACGAUGCAUCCAUCCGCAAGCCCGUUAUCCGGAGCACCAUCGGGCCACGGCCUGUUAGAAGGCUGAGCUCUACGCAGGAUCUAGAACGGCAGCACCAGCACCAACGACAACAGGAGACGAAACAUGGGGAAACAGAGGCAGGGACUGAGACAGAGACAGGGACACAGACAGUGACAGAGGCAAAGGCGGAAGCGGAAGCAGAGACAGCGGCAGACCACGAUGCAUUUCAACUCAAGAGGUUCAAUCCUGAGAUAAACGAUGUCAUAGCAACAUCUGGCCCAUCCUCAACGUAUCCUAAACGCGCGUACCGAAACCCUACAGAAGACCUGGUUCGUUUCCUCGAUUCAAAACACGGCGAGGAUUGGUCGAUAUGGGAAUUUCGUGCUGAAGGAACCGGAUACCCUGAUGAUGAGGUCUAUGGACGUAUUCACCAUUUCCCAUGGCCGGAUCACCACCCGCCUCCUUUCGCCUUGAUACCGUCGCUCAUGGCUAGUAUGCGGAAUUGGCUAAACGGCGAAGGGAAGAGCAAGAGGAUUGCAGUGGUACAUUGCAAAGCUGGCAAGGGGCGCAGUGGGACCGUUGCCUGUAGUUAUUUGAUCAGCGAACAGGGCUGGAGCGCAGUAGACGCCAUGAAACAGUUCACAGAGCGCAGAAUGAGGGCUGGGUUUGGUGCCGGUGUGAGCAUACCCAGUCAGGUUCGAUGGGUGGGCUAUGUUGAGCGCUGGAAGAACGAAUUCAACAAACUAUACGUCGAGCGACCCGUUGAAAUCGUGGAGAUCCAUAUCUGGGGAUUGAGAAAGGGGCUCAAAGUGGAUGUGGAAGGGUUUGUGGACGAAGGAAGGAAAAUAAAACGGUUCUAUCGGUUUAGCAAAGACGAGUUCUUUCAUCAAAACAGCGAUGUUUCCUCGAAGGAUGCCGAUUCGGCUGGAAAGGAGGAUGACGACGACAAACAGGCGGACAAAGGGGAUGUCGUUCCAUCGUCAACAAAGCCAACCUCUACACCGGCCAAAUCAGCCCAGGGAGUCACAGAGUCUGAAUCAGUGGUAAACGCUGCUUGGUCGGUUGUUGCGUCUACACCGAACGAUUCCACUGACGAUGUUAUCCUUCGGCCUCAGGAACGAGUUAUAGUUCCCACGUCAGAUGUAAACAUUGACUUUGAGCGACGGGCUGUUGUCUCAUAUACAGACUGGACCAUGGUCACCUCUGUCGGCCAUGUCUGGUUCAAUGCCUAUUUUGAAGGUGGCCAUGACCAUAAUUCCGGAGUGUUCGAGACGGAAUGGGACGCCAUGGACGGGAUCAAGGGAACCUCCAGGAAGGGGAUAAGGUCGCUGGACCGUCUCAAGGUUGUUUGGAAAUACCAUACACCUUCCCCUGAGGAUGCCGAGGGCAAAGAGCCGGAAUCUGGUACUACCGACGCUCCGCCACCAGGCAAGAUCAUUGCCGAACCUGGCCCUGGGGAAGAGGUGCAAGAAGGCCAUGCAGUCGAUUGGCGUGGACAAGAUCAACUUGUUGAAGAUGAAGACAAGGAAAAUCUGCCACAGCUAGAGCGUCAGCCAAAGGAAAGCGCUGCGUCUUCGGAGCCUGAGCCGAGUCAGCCAACUUCUUCCCAGCCCAAGACAUGA